AUGGAACAAUUAACUGUGAUUAAUCAUAAACCACAAAAGAGAAAACAAUCUUAUGAAUCACACAUUGAUAAUGAAAACUUAUCUGUUAUUGAAUAUUUUUUUCUCAAUACACUUGAUAUUAUCAAUGUUCAUGAUGAUUAUAUAGAAGAAUUUCUAUUUGAUACUAAAACGUAUUUUCAAAAUAAUGUUUAUCUUCAAAUCAAUUAUGAAUCUUUAAAACGAGUAACACACAAUUUUAUAAGAGAUGCUACACGAAUUAAUUGUACCAAAAUCAAUAAAUUAUAUAUACACCAUGGAUCAAAAUGUUCGAAUUCUUUACAAGAAUAUUUUCCUUAUGCGAAAAUAUCUCAUGGAGGAAUAUUUUGA